UGUUCGUUGUUUAAAACAUUACUCAGAUACCACAGAGAAGAGGAGAAAACGAAAUUGGAGCUCAAUUAGGUUUACAAAAAAAGAUGAAUUUAGUGGAAACCCAGAAUAGAUGAUGAAAAUUAUUCAUUCCCUUUUUAAGUCUUCUCAUUGUCUUCGCAAGGAAAUUCGGAGUUUUCAAUAUGGGAAACCAAUUAGAUUGAAAAACUUUAGUUAUACUAGUUGUGCAAGUAUAAAUUCGCUGGUUCUUGAUGAUUGUUCAUAUGAAGAAAAUGAAUAUUAUCCAACUAAUGUUCAUCAGCGGGUAGCGAAAGAUAAAGGGUAUUUCGAUCAUACUUACUAUCUAAGCCUGCUAGAUAGUUGUUUGAGUGAAGGUUUAAUUGUAGAUGCCAAGAAACUACAUGGGAAGUUGUUGACAUUGGGAUUUGGUGAUGACUAUAGGAUUGGUGCUAGGUUUCUUGAUAUUUAUGUUGCUAGUGGAGAUUUAUCCAGUGCAUUGCAAAUAUUUGAUAAUUUGCCAAGUGGGAUUAGAAAUGUGUCUUGCUGGAAUAUAUUAUUGUCUGUUUUUUCACGGAUGAAAAGAUAUGACGCAGUUAUCAAUUUGUUUUCUCGAAUGAGAAGAGAAGAUGUUAAUCCAGAUGAGUGCACAUUUUCUGAAGUUCUGCAAGCCUGUAGCGAUAACAAGGCUGCAUUUCGUAUCAAGGGUGUUGAACAGAUUCAUGCUUUGAUUACGCGCUAUGGUCUUGGCUUGCAGCUCAUAGUGUCUAACCGUUUGAUUGAUUUGUAUUCUAAAAAUGGAUUUGUAGAUUCUGCUAUGCAAGUCUUUGAGGAUAUGGUGGUUAGGGAUAGUUCGUCUUGGGUUGCCAUGUUAUCUGUUUUUUGUAAGAACAACCGAGAAGAAGAUGCUAUUCUCCUAUAUAAGGAUAUGCGUAAAUUUGGAGUUAUUCCGACUCCAUAUGUUUUCUCGAGUGUUAUAAGUGCAUCCACAAAGAUAGAAGCAUUUAAUUUGGGGGAACAGCUCCAUGCUAGUAUCUACAAGUGGGGAUUUUUAUCUAAUGUUUUUGUUAGUAAUGCCCUUGUUACAUUGUAUUCUCGCUGUGGAUACUUAACAUUGGCAGAACAAGUAUUUGUUGAAAUGCCGAAGAAGGAUGGAGUUACCUAUAAUUCCCUAAUCUCUGGUCUCUCUUUGAAAGGAUUCAGUGAUAAGGCUCUACAGUUAUUUGAGAAAAUGCAGUUAAGUUCGUUAAAACCUGACUGUGUUACAAUUGCAAGCCUAUUGGGUGCUUGUGCAUCGUUAGGAGCUCUUCAAAAGGGAAGACAACUGCAUUCUUAUGCAACAAAGGCAGGUCUAUGCUCAGAUAGCAUUAUUGAAGGUUCUUUACUUGACCUUUAUGUUAAGUGCUCUGAUAUUGAAACAGCCCAUAAAUUUUUUCUCGGAAGCCAGAUGGAAAACAUUGUUCUUUGGAAUGUGAUGCUCGUGGGUUAUGGGCAGAUGGGUCAUUUAGAUGAAUCAUUCCAAAUCUUUUCACAGAUGCAUUUUAAAGGGCUACAACCUAAUCAAUACACAUACCCCAGUAUCUUGAGAACUUGUACAUCUGUUGGCGCUCUGUAUCUUGGAGAACAAAUACAUAGCCAAGUACUAAAAACUGGCUUUUGGCAGAAUGUUUAUGUGUGUAGUGUGCUUAUAGAUAUGUAUGCCAAGCAUGAAAAAUUAGAUGCAGCAGAGAAAAUCUUUUGGCGUCUAAAGGAGGAAGAUGUUGUAUCUUGGACAUCUAUGAUUGCUGGAUAUGCUCAGCAUGACUUCUUUGUUGAAGCUCUAAAACUUUUUCGAAAAAUGCAAGACCAUGGUAUUCGAUCUGAUAACAUAGGAUUUGCAAGUGCAAUCAGUGCAUGUGCCGGCAUUCAAGCACUCGAUCAAGGGAGACAAAUCCAUGCGCAGUCAGUGGUGUCAGGCUACUCAUUGGAUCAUUCAAUAGGCAAUGCAUUGAUUUUUCUUUAUGCUAGAUGCGGCAGAAUACAAGAUGCACAUGCAGCAUUUGACAAAAUUGAUACAAAAGACAUUAUUUCGUGGAAUGGCUUGGUAUCAGGAUUUGCCCAAAGUGGAUUUUGUGAAGAAGCAUUAAAAGUGUUUUCUAGAUCGCAUGGAGAUGGAGUGGAAGCUAACAUAUUCACAUAUGGAUCUGCUGUUAGUGCGGCCGCUAAUACCACUAAUAUUAAACAAGGGAAACAGAUUCAUGCUAGAAUAAUAAAGACUGGUUAUAAUGCCGAAACAGAAGCUUCCAAUGUCCUGAUCACAUUGUAUGCAAAGUGUGGAAGCCUUGUGGAUGCCAGGAAAGAGUUCCUUGAAAUGCAAAAUAAAAAUGAUGUGUCGUGGAAUGCCAUGAUAACAGGCUAUUCUCAACAUGGAUGUGGCAAUGAAGCUAUAGAACUGUUUGAGGAGAUGAGACAUCUUGGUGUGAAGCCGAACCAUGUCACCUAUUUGGGUGUUUUAUCAGCGUGUAGCCAUGUGGGUUUAGUUGAUAAGGGACUUUGCUAUUUCAAUUCAAUGAGUAAAGAUUAUGGUUUACUGCCAAAACUAGAACAUUAUGCAUCUGUUGUGGACAUUUUAGGACGAGCUGGCCAUUUGCAGCGUGCAAUGAAGUUUGUGGAGACUAUGCCAAUAGAACCUGAUGCAAUGGUUUGGAGGACCCUCCUAAGUGCUUGCAUAGUUCACAAGAACAUUGAAAUAGGGGAAGAGACGGGUAACCACCUCUUAGAAUUGGAGCCUCAAGACUCAGCAACUUAUGUUUUACUAUCAAACCUAUAUGCAGUUCUUGGAAGAUGGGAUUCUCGGAACCAGACAAGGCUACUAAUGAAAGGUAGAGGUGUUAAGAAAGAGCCAGGUCGUAGCUGGAUUGAAGUUAAAAAUACUAUCCAUGCAUUUUUUGUUGGAGAUAGACUCCAUCCACUAGCAAAUCAUAUCUAUGACUUUGUGGAGAAACUAAAUAAACGGGUAGUUAUGAUUGGUUAUGUUCAAGACAAUAAUAGUCUUUGGAAUGAUCUGGAAUUGGGACAAAAAGAUCCAACUGCUUAUAUUCACAGUGAAAAGUUAGCUAUUGCAUUUGGACUUCUAAGCUUGCCUGAAAUGAUUCCCAUACGAGUGAUGAAAAAUCUUCGCGUCUGCAAUGACUGCCACAAUUGGAUAAAGUGUGUGUCGAAGGUUGCAAAUCGAGCCAUUGUUGUACGGGAUGCAUACAGGUUUCAUCAUUUUGAAGAUGGUGAAUGUUCCUGCAAUGAUUUCUGGUAAUUGGAACUAUUGAAGUUUUGCAGUGUGGCAAAGAGGGUUUUAGGUACUAGAAGUUGAGACGAAAUAGUAAACUUCCAGUUUUUGAGAUUGAUGCUCUGGAUACCUUUAUAAUAGAGGUUGGUGCUUUCAACUGCCCAAACAACUGGACCAAAAACUGUUUCAUGCGUCCUCUCUGAUGAUAGCUGUUGAGCAUCCAGAUACAAAUGAAAAAUCAAAGGAUCAGAAGAAUAAGCUGAGGUGAAGUUCAAAAUUAUGAGCCUCAAGGUGAAAGGACCAAUGGAUUAUGUAUCUGAACUGGAGAUACCAAUGUAUUUUUCAAUUAUAUGGUAAACAACAUAAGUUUGGGGGAAAAUCUGCUCAACAUCACUCAGUCCUUGCACUGUUCUACAUGGUUUGAUGGACAAAAGGAUCAAGUAGCUAUAGAGAAAAUACUGUCGGCUAUCUUUCUCGAUAGGGAAAAUCCCAACCCAGAUUUGGAAAAACUGAAACUCCAGUCACCGGAGGCAGAUGCUGCAGUUGAGGCUUGCAAGAAAAAUGUGGAAGAUGUAGGUUAAAGAUUAAUGGUGAAGGACGCGUCAGAUAUGGAUGGGUGAGCUACGAUUUUAAGAUACAAAACUAACCUUGUAAGUUGUUUUUGUCCCAACUCAUGUUUCACAAUUCUGUUUUGUCCUACAUAUGCUUUGUAGAAGGUAAAGAGAGAGAAAUACAUAGAUAGGGUUGCAAAGAGGUAGAUUCAAGAAAUGUAAGCUUAGGCUGGAAAAAGAUUACCACUCUUGUUGAUCUGGGUAGUUGGUCGGUACGAGAGAUGUGGUAUUUGUUUAUACAAAUUAGUGUAACAUUCUCAACGUUACUUGGCAUAGCUACAAAGCUGUAUAGAAAUGUGAUUUCUUCAAGGAAGGGGAGGUUUUCAGUUUUGUAAGA